AUGGCGAAAAUCGGCGAUUUCUCGUUUUGUGGCAAUCUACCGACGUACAAACCGACUCGCCACUGGGGUGGAAUCGUCUCUAACUCGCAACUCUACAUAUUCUUCACACUUCUCACUGUUCCCCAGAUUGUUUUAUCGAUUUUUCUCUGUUUUUCCGAUGGAAAUCAAGAGAAUUUUCAAAAAGCCAUCGGUGCGGCUCCAGAAGUCGCGCACGCCGUCGUCGGUGGCGUCGUUCUGAUUUGGGUGGUGACGAUUGUGUUUAGUUUGAUCGGAUAUUGUGAAAAAAUUCCCUAUUUGCACUUUCCGUUGGCUUUUAUUGAGAUUCCAUUCUUCCUCAUCUCAAUCGGUGGGACCGCCGUUUUCUGCUGGAAAAUCUCUCUGAAAGAAGUGGGCGGAGUCGACGAGCGUCUCUCUCAACUGUACAUUGCGAUUGUCUGUUUCCUUUUGGCUCUUUUCCACGUGUACUACACGUGGAUUUUGUUCUUUUUGUGGAAAGACGGGCGGAACAAACGACGAAUCGAUGAGUUCAUUGCGAGACAACGAAUGAUUGAUGACGUUUGCGAGGAGAUGUUAUGGGAGGAGGAGGAAGCAGCCGAAGAGCAAGAAGCACACAGAUACGCAGAGCUUAAUACCUCCCGCCUCCACAACACCUCAGCCCUCCACGGAAUCUACGAAGCCGAUGAGUGCUCUCUGUAUUCUCAGAAUUCCGAGUAUUCUGUAUCGUUGUCGUCGUCGGAACUCCGAAUGAUGGCUAUCUACAAUGAGAGUAUGCAGACGCAGAGGAGAUAUGUCUCAUUCUAUGAUCCCGUUUAUUUGUAG